UAAAGGCAGGGUCUGAGCCUGGGUGUCAGAACAGUCAGAACAGGCCUCCUGAGAGCUCUGGGUCUCCUCCUAACAAAGUGUUGUCUUCCCAUCUCCAAGCACCAUGGUCUCCUUGCCUGUCUUCUCCAUCUUGAUCAUUUCCAUUUCUGGCCUCUUCUACAUAUCUCCAGCAGAUGCCUUCCCAACCAGCUGCUGCUUCUCAUACGUUACCAGGAAGGUUCCCAGACAGUUUGUGGUGGACUACGUUUACACAAGCGAGCUCUGUCUUAAUCCAGGGGUCAUUUUCACCACCAAGAAGGUCCGUAGGAUCUGUGCCAACCCCCAAGAAGAGUGGGUCCAGAAGUACGUGUCCGAACUAACAGAAGGAAGACUCUGAGCAGGAUGAAUACCUUGACAUUAAUCCAUGGGUAAAUAGAUAUGUUGCAAAAAUAAAAGUGUCUUGGACUACUUGGAA